UGCAGCACCGUCGAGGAAGAAGGUUCCAGUGGAUUUGACAUUUAAGCGUGAGUCGCGUCCUUUCUUUUACUGUCUAUGGUCGCGUCGCGUGACUGGAUAGCGACUGUACUGCAGCCAAAGACGUCGGAGGCACAAUGUCCCAGGCCCAGCAGUCUCCAGCCGACCCUGAACGACCAGGAAACUCAGUCGUGGUGUGUUCGGGUCCCGUAGGAAUCGACUACAUCCCCACAGAGGAGGAGAGGAGAGUGUUCAGGGAGUGUAAUCAGGAAAGCUUCUGGUACAGAUCUCUCCCUAUAUCUGCCAUCAGCAUGGCCUUCACUCAGUUCCUUAUCUCCAGAGGUGCUCUUGCAGCCUCCGGUAGAUUUGGAUCUUUGCCCAAAGUUGCUUUUGCUGGUGUUUGUGGCUACUUGGGAGGGAAGAUGUCAUACAUGAGGACAUGCCAGGAGAAAUUUAAGAGCUUGGAGAAUUCUCCACUGGGGGAGGCGCUGAGACUGAGACAGCGGCACCAACCACCAGUGUUUACCCAUAAACACCCAGAAAUGAGUGAUCCAAACAAAGCUGAAUUUGAGCCGACCUUUCAACUUGAUGAUCAGAGGAAUCAGUCUUUUUACAUUGACCCUAUGUCCUCAGCAGCUCAGUAUGACACUCAAAUUACCGCAGAACCAAUGAACGUUGAGGAGGAUGUACAGAAGAAGCACAUUCUGUAUGAGGAGCUUCGGAGUAAGAACAGGGAAAACUAUGACAAACCAGAGCCACUGUUGAAGCCUUCACCUGAGACCAUCCCAGCCAAGAGAGGGAAGAAGAAUAAAUACGGAGACACAUGGGAGGAAUGAGAGCUGCUUCAACACUGUUUUACUGUCUAGAACUGUCUUUUAUGAUACAAAUGUCUAACUAUAUCUGACAAAUGUCAGUCAUUGACUGUACCUGUUUAAUUUAAUUAAAGACCAUUUUUAUUUUAAAACUGUGUGCAGCUUAAAGGGAUAUCUCACCUUCAGUUGCUGGUUUCCAUUGACAUUUUAAUAGUGUGUUGAGAAAAGAAAACAAAAAAACACUACACAAGACAAUGGAGACCAGCUGAAGGUGAACUAUAAUUUAAAUACAUUAUCUAAUAAUAGCAGAUUUGCUAUAGAAAGAUUGGUGCUUUUGCACUCACUGAACUGGUCCCAAAGCUCCAUUAGCACUGCAGUCCAGUUGCUAGCAUUUUGAGAGUUUUAGCACAUCAUUACUGUCUACAAAACUGUAUGAAGUUUGUCUCUUUUUUUUUUGUCUUUUUUUUUGUCAUUUCAUUAAAAUCAUUUAGGUAGCAGCA